GUGUUUUCAAACUGGAUGUCACAGCGGCUCUGAGCGGUUUGUCAAACAAGUCCAAAGUUGUCUCGACACGGGAGGAGGAUGAACUCCAAGACGAGGAUACGGCAGCUGUGUGAAGUGUGUACGCUGUGUGAACAUCGUUUUACAAAAUGAUUAACGGACGUAGUGUUUUCAGCGGCUAACGGGCGGCGGUAACACGGGACGCUGCUGUAACACAGGACGGGCUAGCUGCUCCGCUAGCUGCUCCGCUAGCUGUUAGCCAGUUAGCUCGCUGCUAGCAGACUGAACUGUCUGUUACUGCUAGUUAGCAUCGAGUGUUUGAAACAAGCUUCAAGUUUUUAGCCACAGACACGACUGAGAGGACUGUGAGAGCUCCGGAGAGGACGACAUGGAGAACAAGGACAAAGUACAGAUGAGGAAUAACCCUCGCAGACAGUUGAAGAAGCUGAGUGAGGACAGCCUCACCAAGCAGCCGGAGGAAGUGUUUGAUGUCCUGGAGAAGCUGGGUGAAGGGUCGUAUGGCUGUGUGUUUAAAGCCCAUCAUAAAGAGACGGGGGAGAUCGUAGCCAUCAAACAAGUUCCAGUGGAGUCAGAUCUUCAGGAGAUCAUCAAGGAAAUCUCCAUCAUGCAGCAGUGCAACAGUCCUCAUGUGGUGCGGUACUACGGCAGCUACUUCAAAAACAGUGACCUGUGGAUUGUUAUGGAAUACUGUGGAGCCGGAUCAGUUUCUGAUAUCAUCCGAAUACGCAACAAGACGUUAACAGAAGAGGAGAUAGCCACCAUCCUGCAGUCCACCCUGAAGGGACUUGAGUAUCUUCACUUCAUGAGAAAAAUCCACAGAGACAUCAAAGCAGGGAACAUCUUGCUGAACACAGAGGGCCAGGCCAAACUGGCCGACUUUGGAGUUGCUGGACAACUGACGGACACCAUGGCGAAGAGAAACACAGUCAUCGGCACGCCGUUCUGGAUGGCUCCAGAGGUCAUACAGGAGAUCGGCUACAACUGUGUGGCUGACAUCUGGUCUUUGGGGAUAACAGCUAUAGAGAUGGCCGAGGGGAAGCCUCCCUACGCUGACAUACAUCCCAUGAGGGCUAUCUUCAUGAUUCCCACCAACCCUCCACCAACAUUCAGGAACCCAGAUUUGUGGUCUCCAGCAUUUAGAGCAUUUGUCAGCCAGUGUUUGGUGAAAAACCCAGAAAACAGGGCGACUGCCACACAGUUGUUACAGGAUCCGUUCAUCAAGUCAGCCAAGGCCAGCCCCAUCCUCAGAGCGCUGAUCACAGACGCCAUGGAGAUCAAACUGAAGAGACAGGAGGAGGCUGAACAGAGAGAGCAGGAUGCAGACGAUGAUGACAACUCGGACGAGGAUGAGGUGGACCAGGGGACGAUGGUGCGGGCGGGGACAGGCGACUCAGGAACUAUCCGGGCCGCUGGAUCAUUAGCAAGUUCACUCGGCGGUACGGCUCGGACUAUGAUCGCACAUGACGACACUGGAACCAUGCAGUCACAGCUGGGCACCAUGGUCAUCAACUCCGAUGAUGAGGAUGAGGAAGAAGCCGGUACUAUGAAAAGGAGAGACGAGACGAUGCAGCCGGCCAAGCCGUCCUUCCUCGAGUACUUUGAGCAGAAAGAGAAGGAGGCCAACAGUCACAAUGAUGGAGGAAGAGGAGUAAACAACGCAGACAACCGCAAACCAUCCACUGAGGCAGACCUUGAGGUGGUGAGUUCGUGGACGGUGGAGGAGCUGCGGCUACGUCUGGCCUCUCUGGACCCUCAGAUGGAGCAGGAGAUCGAGGAGAUCCGUCAGCGCUACCAGACCAAAAGGCAGCCCAUCCUCGACGCCAUCGAGGCCAAAAAACGACGGCAGCAGAACUUCUGAGAAGGAACUGCCGAGUUGUCACGGCAACAACUGGAUGUUUUAUCUCUUUAUGUUCUCUGCAGCAGUUUGGUGAAAUGUCACGAAGACAUUUUGAAAACUGCACGAAGACUUCUGAUGAUGAUGAUGACUGCUGAAGAAGAAGACCUUCCAAAGAGCUGAUUGACAGAAUAUUAAUGACAUUCAUUUGAUUUAAGACCCACGUUCUCUUUUUCUGCCCGUUUGAGAGUCUUCAAGGACAUUUUUGUGUCUCUGAAUUAACAGUUGAGGAAAUGACAAAGUUUAAUUUUGGCGCCAUCAGCAGCUCAUCUGAACCUGUGAGUUUCUUUCUGUUUAUUUCAGGCAUGUUACACAGUCGUCUCAAACUGCAGAGACGAUUGUUAAAACCAGAUCUCUUUAAUUUUGUUUUACCUAAUGGUACAAUAUCAUUUAAACUGCUGACUGCUCGUCUUCGGUACUCGUGUUUCCUGUCACUGUUGCUGCUGGACUCUUAAGUGUUCCUACUCUGGAUUGAGAGAGUUUCGACAAAUCUGUAGUCUAGAACUGAAUCGUUCACUUGUCUGGAAAAGUUUGUAAAAUGCACAAAAGCUAUUGAGGUUCUAGGUACUGACAACCACUAUUGUAAAAAGUCAGAGUUUCAAAUUCCCGUCCAAAACUAUUUGAAAAGCGAAAAAUGAAAACAAACCCUGUGAUUACUGUCAGUCAGGAAAACACAGGAAAACACCUCCAUCAUUUAACCUGUGAAGAUGCUAAACAUCCAGGAGGUUUCUCAGUUUAAACUUUAAACUCUUUCUCUUUCAAACUUGAUUAUGAAAACUAAAUUCUGUAAUUCGGUACAUGCUCCAAGGGUUUUACUUUUUACACACAGCGUUGAAUAUACUGUCAGUCAUUUGUCAUUAUUUAUCAUGUUUUAGUUCUGCAGAUACGUCUCAAAAUAGUUAUUAGACCACUGCUCUUGUCUUCUGUUGCCUACAAAGGAAGUGAAAUUUAAAUUUUCCUCCAAACAGCAGAAAUAAUUGAGUGAAGACACAAGAAAAAAUGUGCUUUUCUGAUAUAGGCUGGUCUCAGCUAAUGUAAACAUCAUCUGAGUCAGAAGUUACACUUAAUACUCAGUGAUGAUGGAUUUCCAAACAAUGUUUAUUUUUCUCAGGCAGCUGAUGAAGAUUAAAACCAUAGAAAUAGAAUGAGAGCAGAAUGGACAAUGAACUGUUUGUCGUGGUCAUUUUACUAAAUUCAAAAGAAAAUGGCCACUGCUGUUAGUUGUUAUGACCUCACGCAUCAGUGGGGCCAUGAAGCGGUCACACUCUCUACUUGGACAUACUAAUGAAUAGAAUUUGAUUAUUUCCCAGUAGAAAUACAACCAGUUAAGUCCAGCAAUCCUCAGUUCCAGUGCAGCGAGGCAGCAGAGACAAAGCACAAAGACACCUCUCCAGUCCUCAACUCCUCUGCUGGUUUGGACGUUACUGCAAAACCUCAUCUCAGUGAGUUCGUGACUUGCCGCCAGUCGGUUUGUUUGUACGGAAUUUAGCCUGCUACAACGGUUGCAAUGGCAACAGCACACAAAAACAUGGCCGCGGUUCAAUAAUUUACUGUCUCUGUUAUAUGGCAGCUGAUCCCGUCCUCUGCUCGGAGGGUAAGGAGCUCCUGAAUCUCAUUGUUUCCCAAUCUGGGGACAUUUACGGCCAUUGUUCUUUGAGUUAGCCUCUAACUGCUAAUAGCUACCUUUUAACAUCUCUCAUGGCAGGUCGCACACGUUCUGGCUUAAGGGAAGGGACCACUCUGUCUCCCCGUGACCGCUGCGAUUGUACCUUAUAUACACCAGGGUGAGGCAGCCUUGACCAGGCACUGUAAAAGGGCCCACAGUGUUUGACACAUUAAUAAUCACUUACGUAUACAGCUUCAUUAUAGUGUGCUAUAAACCAUCUAUGAAACCAUUAAAGCGAAGUUUUACCUUUAUUUUUUACACAUUCCUCUAAUCUUUAGUUUAUUUUCUAAAUAACUGGAUACUGUUACCUCUUCAAGUCUCCGCAUUUUCACUCUUUGGUUGCCUUGGUCAUCAGCUUAUAGUUGUUUCAUUUAUCAUGAGCCAAAACAGUCUGGUAACGACUGUCAGAACAGACACACCUGCAUUUGAAUAUGUCACGUAUUCGUCUCAAGCUGGAGUUUUAACUUUCUAAUAGUUGAAAAGUUAUGAAACUUAAAGGGAAUUUAAUCAGAUGGAAACUUGAUUAUGUUUGACCUCCAGUGUCCUUAGUGUUUAAGUUUUUAUUUUUGUGUCCAUCAUCUAUUUUUCCUCCUCAGUAAGCUAAAAACAAAGACCUGGGUUGACAGAUUUAUGGAAUCGAUUCAACAAAGCUUUUAUUUCUUGGAUUUAUUAGUUUGAUUUGGCACUGGACGAGUUUGCCCCCCCCCAAAAAAAGUAUCAGGGAGCAGCAGCGACUGAAGCUGGCGUCGACCCAGGUCUGAUUCACCUUCACUUCUGACAUUCCUCAGAGCAAGUCCGCCGCUCAUUUUUCUACAUCCAGCACAAAAACAUUUAUAUUUUUCUACGUAGGUUUAGUGAUGUCAAGUUCAGAUAGAAGACGAGUUGUAGUUUUGAUCACAGAAAUGAAAACCAGCUUCUCAGGUCAUAAAGCUCCUCAGGGGUGUAAAAAUAAUGACGAGAAAUGACUGUAGAUAGUUUAGAGAUCCUUCACACAAAGAGUCUGUGUAUAUAUGAGCACCACUAGGCUGUAUUUGUAUAUUGUGAUUACAUUUGAACAGUUGAAGGUUUUAAGCCUCAAAACAAGACGCCUGUCAUUAAGUUAUAUUUAAAUAUUAAGCAGUUAUCAACGAGUUCAAAUGAGCGUCUGAUGUUUUGGGGCUUCAGCUGAAAGCAAAAUGCUGUUUAAACCUCCAGACUUUAAUCUUUGUGUGCAGGAGUCUCGUGUUUCUCUGUACGCAAACGGCUCAUGAGCACAAUUCAUUUUUCAUUUUCUCUUCUGUGUUACAAGCAAAACAAAAGGGAUUUUUUUGUUGUCUGCCUUAUUUUGGAUGUUCUGCUGUUAUUUUUCUGAACAGUGAUCUCAUGUAUGACACGUUGGGGUGGAAAAAAAGGGAAAAUAUAAAAAAAUAAUGCAGCUUGAUUGUUUUAAAGUAAGAUGCUGUUUGGUGCUGUCACACUGCUGGAAAAAAUGUGAUGCAUCAGAAAUAAAGUCGUAAUCACUGGAUAUCGAACAGACAUUAAACUGUUCUGAUGUUUGGGAAUCAGUUCUAAAGGGACAGUUCACCCCAAAAUCAAAUACGCAUACUUUCCUUGUCACCUGUAGCGCUAUAUGUGAAUCUAGAUAUGAAUCUAGAUUGUUUUUGUGUGAGUUACUGAGUGUUGGAGAUAUCAACCGCAGAGAUGUCUGACUUCUCUUCAGUAUUACAGAACUAGAUGACACUCAGCUUGUAGUGCUCAAAGUGCCCCCAAAAAAAAUACAUUUGAAAAACUUAACAUCAAUGUUUUAUAAAGAAAUCAUGAUCCAGUUACUCAAGAUAAUCCACAGACCUUGUUGUGAGCAGUUUCAUGUAGGAACUGUUUUCUUUCAACUGAACCACAUCCGACAACCUUAUCACCGUUAUGGAGUAAGAACAGCAACAAUAAAUUUUGGUAUUGAAAAGAAAAUUUGGCAUUAAAAAAAAGAAACAUCUACACUGAAAAAAAAAAAAAAAACACUGAAAAAUAAAACACAAACAUUAAAAUUUAUUUUUGUAAUUUUUUGGCAUCCUGGUGUAUUUUUUAGUGACAGUCUUUUUCUAAAUGUCAUUUUUUCAGUGACAAAACAGUGACAGAAGAGUGACGUGAAGAGAAAUCAGAAGAUUGUCAUUGAAAAGCACAUGAUAAUGUGAAAAAUAUCAAAAUAAAAAUGAUUUUUAAUGCUUGUCUUUUAUUUUUCAGUGGAUUUUGUUGUGCUAGUGUUUCCUUUUCAGUGCUGAAUUUUAUUUUUGAUGCCAAAGCUUAUAGUUGCUUUUCUAGCUCCGUAAUCCUGGUUCUCUUCAUGGUCAAGAGGCUCGUACUCAUGACAGUGCGAGGUGAAAACAUUGAUACCGUCCUUUUCGACUGAGCUGUCACGUGAGCCAGCUCAGUGGUGCUAGGUGAGCUAGCAGUUACAGUUGGCAGGUGUAGUCCCAUAGACAGAAAAUAGUUCCUACAUCAAACUGUUCACAACAAGGUCUGUGGAUUAUCUUGAGUAACCAUGUCAUGAUUUCUGGAAAGAAAAAAAGUGCUUUGAGCAUCUCAAGCCGAGUCCCAUCUCGUUCCUUUAUAACGGAGAGAAAGCAGACAUCUCAACAGCCGAUAUCUCCAACACUCUGUAACUCACAAAACAAUCUAGACCAAUCAAUAGCACCACAGGUAAGAGGAAAAAUAUGUGUGUUUGAUUUUGGGUCUCUUGAACAUGAACCACUAUUUGUAUUUUUUUUCUGCCUUCUUUUAUCUAACUGUUAAAUGCUUUCUGUGAUUGUCUAAACUAUUUCAUAGAAAACAAACCACUGCAGGUAUUUGCAGGUUUGUUUAGACUGAAGGGAACACUGGGACACAAGAACAAAAAUUAUGACUGAUUCUUACUAAAAAAAGAAAACAAAAACAAUUAUUUACGUACGUCUGCACAGUGAAAACUUAAAAUAAUAUUUGGUUUAUAUUAAAAUGUGAUAAUUCCAGGUUCUUGUUCUUGGUGCAGGAUGUUUCAGUCGCACAAACAUUUGAUGAGGCUCUAAUUUAUUUAACGAGUGAAUCAGAUAAAAGGUCUAAAUCCUGCUGAAACAUCCUGUUUGGAUUCAUCUUUUCUCGAGUGUUACCACUGUUCAGACUUCUCAACUGUUUAAUUUAUUCUUUUUCAUAGUUUAUCUUCAGCAGCUCUAAUGUCACUGUUUCCUUUUUCUGGUCACACCUGCAGGUACUUUCAGAUCUUUGAUAGUACAUGAGUUCUGAGCAGGAACACAGUGUAACCAUAAAAUGUUCAAAUACAAACCAGCAUUGGCUUCUAUAUAAAACUGUGACGCCUGGAAAAGUGAACAAAUAAAUGAACCAAACAAAGGAAAGAGGAGUUUCAGCUUCAGUGCAGCUUCAUGUUCGUCAUUAGGUGAUUCAGAGUGAAAAGGUUUUCACUGUCCUGUUUCUCUGCCUCUGCGUGCAAGACGUUUCUUUAUUUUCCAGGCAUGUAAAGAUCUUCUGUUAACUCGUCUUCUCGUGUUUUGCACACUUCCUGUUUGACGCCUGAAAAAGUUUCUGAAGUUUAUAUUUUGCCUUAAAGUAUGCAGUGGAAGUCAUGCAUAUGUUUUAGAUCACUGAUGUUUGGUUUGUGUUUUAUUUUGUUUGCUUGUCUAAUAAAGAAAAUAAUUAAAACUAAAAGAAA